AUGAGAGUUGUGCGAGACGCCGACUCCCUGCAGGAGCACUUCGAAAGAGCCACAUCCGAGGCCAAGUCGGCCUUCGGUAACGGUACCGUCUUUGUUGAGCGAUUCCUUGACAAGCCCAAGCACAUUGAAGUCCAGCUUCUUGGUGACAAUGAAGGCAACGUCGUGCACCUGUACGAGCGUGACUGCUCCGUCCAGCGUCGCCACCAGAAGGUCGUCGAGAUUGCUCCUGCCAAGGAUCUCCCCGCUGCCACCCGUGAUGCUAUCUUGGCUGAUGCUGUUAAGUUGGCCAAGUCAGUUAACUAUCGCAACGCCGGUACCGCAGAGUUCCUGGUCGACCAGCAGAACCGCUACUACUUCAUCGAGAUCAACCCUCGUAUCCAGGUCGAGCAUACCAUCACUGAGGAAAUCACUGGCAUCGACAUCGUCGCUGCUCAAAUCCAGAUCGCUGCCGGUGCCAGCUUGGCUCAGCUUGGUCUGACCCAGGACCGCAUCUCCACCCGAGGCUUUGCGAUUCAGUGCCGUAUCACCACCGAGGACCCUGCCAAGAACUUCUCACCCGAUACCGGUAAGAUCGAGGUCUACCGAUCUGCCGGUGGUAAUGGUGUCCGUCUUGACGGUGGUAACGGAUUUGCCGGUGCCGUCAUCACCCCUUUCUACGACUCCAUGUUGGUCAAGUGUACUUGCAAUGGUUCCACAUACGAAAUCGCCCGCAGAAAGGUUCUCCGUGCUCUCAUCGAGUUCCGUGUCCGCGGCGUCAAGACCAACAUUCCUUUCCUUGCCCGACUUUUGACUCACCCUACAUUUAUUGACGGAAACUGCUGGACAACCUUUAUUGAUGAUACCCCUCAAUUGUUUGAUUUGCUUGGCAGCCAGAACCGUGCUCAGAAGCUGCUGUCCUACCUCGGUGACGUUGCCGUCAACGGCAGCAGCAUCAAGGGCCAGAUUGGCGAGCCCAAGUUCAAGGGCGAGAUAAUCGUUCCUGAGAUUGUCAACUCGGCCGGCGAGAAGGUCGAUGUCUCCCAGCCAUGCACUGUCGGAUGGCGCAACAUCCUCGUGGAGCAGGGCCCCAAGGCCUUUGCUAAGGCUGUUCGCGAAUACAAGGGAUGCCUUUUGAUGGAUACCACCUGGAGAGAUGCUCACCAGUCUCUGCUUGCCACCCGUGUCCGAACAGUCGAUCUGCUCAACAUUGCCAAGGAGACCAGCCACGCCUUGUCCAACCUUUACAGUCUCGAGUGCUGGGGUGGCGCCACCUUUGACGUAGCAAUGCGUUUCCUCUACGAGGAUCCUUGGGAACGUCUUCGCCGCAUGCGCAAGCUCAUCCCCAACAUCCCCUUCCAGAUGCUUCUCCGUGGUGCCAACGGUGUCGCUUAUUCUUCGCUUCCUGACAAUGCCAUUGAUCACUUUGUCGACCAAGCUAAGAAGAACGGUGUUGAUAUCUUCCGUGUCUUCGACGCCCUCAACGACAUUGAUCAGCUCGAAGUCGGUAUUAAAGCAGUCCACAAGGCCGGCGGUGUUGUUGAAGGGACAGUGUGCUACUCGGGGGAUAGUGAGUUUCUUUCCUUCUUUACUGUUCUACGUUGAGCGCUUUUGGCUAACCAUCUACUCUAGUGCUAGUAAGUUGAUUAUCCCGUUAAUUCCUCAUCUGACUUGGGAAACUCAAUAUUUUGCUUGUAUUGUUUUGGGGAAAUCAACAUUGUCCCUGUAUUGUUUUGGAACUAAACUGACCAGACUUUUCAAUAGAACCCCACUAAGAAGUACAAUCUUGAGUACUACUUGGCUCUCGUGGACAAGCUUGUUGCUCUUGACAUCCAUGUCCUUGGUAUCAAGGAUAUGGCCGGUGUGCUCAAGCCCCACGCUGCCACCCUCCUGAUUGGCAGCAUCCGCAAGAAGUACCCCGACUUGCCUAUUCACGUCCACACUCACGACUCUGCUGGAACUGGUGUUGCAUCCAUGGUUGCCUGUGCCCAGGCCGGAGCUGAUGCUGUUGAUGCCGCUACUGACAGUCUGUCUGGUAUGACUUCUCAGCCCAGCAUCAAUGCCAUCCUUGCCUCCCUUGAGGGAAGCGAGUACAGCCCCGGCCUUGACCCCAGACAAGUCCGUGCUCUGGAUACCUACUGGUCGCAGCUCCGUCUUCUAUACUCUCCCUUCGAGGCUCACCUUGCCGGUCCUGACCCCGAGGUGUACGAGCACGAGAUUCCUGGUGGUCAGUUGACCAACAUGAUGUUCCAGGCCUCUCAGCUUGGUCUUGGUUCUCAGUGGCUCGAGACCAAGAAGGCUUACGAGCAUGCCAACGAUCUCCUUGGUGACAUUGUCAAGGUUACUCCUACUUCCAAGGUCGUUGGUGACCUUGCCCAAUUCAUGGUCUCCAACAAGCUCUCUGAGGAAGAUGUCCGUGCUCGUGCCUCGGAACUCGACUUCCCUGGAUCCGUUCUCGAGUUCUUUGAAGGUCUCAUGGGUCAGCCAUUUGGAGGCUUCCCCGAGCCUCUACGUAGCGACGCGCUUCGUGGUCGUCGCAAGCUCGACAAGCGACCUGGACUGUUCCUUGAGCCUGUUGACUUUGUCAAAGUCAAGCGUGAGCUGGGCAAGAAGCUCGGCGCUCCAGUGACUGAGUGCGACAUUGCCUCGUACGUCAUGUACCCUAAGGUCUUUGAGGACUACAAGAAGUUCGUUCAGCAGUACGGCGAUUUGUCCGUUCUUCCAACCAGGUACUUCCUCUCCAGGCCCGAGAUUGGCGAGGAGUUCCACGUUGAGCUUGAGAAGGGCAAGGUCCUCAUCCUGAAGCUCCUCGCUGUUGGUCCUCUGAGCGAGAACACUGGUCAGCGUGAGGUCUUCUUCGAGAUGAACGGAGAGGUUCGACAGGUCACUGUCGUUGACAAGAAGGCUGCCGUUGAGAACGUCAGCCGACCCAAGGCCGACCCCACUGACUCUAGCCAAGUCGGUGCACCCAUGUCUGGUGUCUUGGUCGAGCUCAGAGUCCACGAGGGUCACGAUGUCAAGAAGGGCGACCCUCUUGCUGUCCUCUCUGCCAUGA